AUGUCGCGUAUAUCAUCUCGCAAUUUGAAGCAAUUGACAGGCUUUACGAAGUAUGCCAAAAGUGCAGAAAAGCCGUUCCCCCCACCAGGAUGCUCGAUGGUCCAGCCCACGGCGCCUAACUUCAAGAUCGUGGCGGGCUGGACAUGUGUCUACCCUAGCAGAGACACCGUUGACGGAUCUCGCAGGGUGACGAGCCUGCAAGGCAUUACGGACCGAUUAGACCGACUGGAAGAAAUGCUCCUAGACAUACGCCAGGGUCAGGGCUGCCGACAAGAUGCCCCAGACGACAAUCGUCCGCGACCACCGGAGCCUCAGGCCAGAACCCCGACUGCACUCGACCCACAACCCUCCAAACCCUGGGAGCUGUUGCUAAGCGAUGGCCAGCGUGUGCACUAUGUGAACAAUUCUAACCUUAAAGACCUUUUGCAUGAGGAGGAACAUAUGAGGCCUCCUGCCACCGGUCAUGCUACAGGCUCACUAGCUGAGCACGGAGUAUCAGGCAACGCUGCCCAUCGACUGGCAAAUUCUCCGCUCGAGGCUUCAUCGAGUCUCCCCCUUCUUCACCCAGAGCCACGCGACGCAUUACAACUUUGGGCGAUUUACGUGAAGAAUGUCGAUCCAGUAUCCAAGAUUCUACAUGUACCGACCGCACAGUCAGCCAUAAUCGCCACCAUAUUAGAUCCGAAAGGUUCGGGUACAUCUAUGUCGGCUUUGACAUUUGCCAUUUACUUUGCGGCACUUACAAGUUUGAAUGAACAAGACGCUGCCGAGCUAUCAUGGGACAAAUCGCAACUCCUCGAACGCUUCAAAUCUGGCCUGGGCCACAUCCUAGUCGGAGCUGAGUUGCUAAACCAGCCGGAACUGCCUGCAUUGCAAGCGUUUGCCAUCUUCCUGACUAGUCUACGUGUUCAUGACACGGGGCGUGGUGUCUGGGUUCUUAAUGGAAUUGCAAUUCGCUUAGCUCAGUCUAUUGGCUUGCAUCGAGACGGUACCUCCCUCAACUUAACCCCAUUUGAGUCAGAGCUUCGUCUGCGCCUAUGGUGGCACCUUUGUUUACUAGACGCUCGGUCGCCCGAGGACCAUGGCUUUGAGCUGACCAUUGACCUGCUUAAUCAUGGCCCAAGGCUGCCACUAAACGUCAACGAUGACCAACUUUACCCGACCAUGGAGGAGUUGCCGACAGAGUCCGAGGAAUGGACCGACAUGUCUUUCUGCAUUGGUCAAAUCAAAAUCACUAGGCUUUUGCAUCCAAUACUGGGCACAAGAUCAAAGGACACCCUAGGGGAUAUUGCCGCCAAGCGCAAGACUAUUGAUGACUAUAAGAACUGGUUGAACAAUACACUUUCUUCCAGUUCCCAUCCACCAGAUCACCUUUCCCACCUUGCAUACCGCCAUUACAUCACAGCUUGCAAGAAGAUGGAAUUCAUGCUCUUGAUACGGGAGGAAAUAUACCAGGGAAGACAAGGGCAACCAGCGAGUGGUCAUGACUACUCCACGAGGCCUUCCUUCAAAGCUGCCUGCAAUGUCCUAGAAAGUAGUUAUAGGCUUUUGGACGGUACAGGGCCCUUCAGCCAACACACGUGGCUAUUUAAAACGUAUACCCAGUGGUAUGCUCUUGCUUACACUCUCCGAUGCCUCUGUAAGAGCCACCGCACACCAGAAGCCGACCACGUCUGGGAUCUGGUUAACGACAUCCUGCAUCGCGCGACUAAUUUGGAUCCUUCGUCGAGCUCUUGUACCACAAUCGGUAAUAGCAGCAUCUGGAGAUGUCUCUGUUCGCUCCGAGCUCAGGCUUUGUCUGCCCGACUAGCUCAACCGUCACAUAUGGAUUCGGGCCCUUUAGCUCCUCCCCUUGGCUCACAUGAAACCCGCACAUCAAUUGACAAUGUUACCCACCUGAACCGCAAUACCACGCAGCACGUUCAAAACUCUUCAACUUCAGCCAACGUCCUGCCUUCCAGUGACCCGGUUUACUGCUAUGACUCGAUAGAACAUCCCUUUGAAAGCUUUCCUGAUAUCCAGCACGACCUGCUCCCUAGUUCAUCUUCAAUGGAAGUGCCUUGCCUUCCUGGAUGGAAUGCCAUCAUCAAUGGUAUCCUGGACGACGACUACUUCUAG